GGUUAGCUUGAGAACCCCCUCAAAUGCUACUCCACUUGUAAUUAAGCCACAAAACACACAGCCAUGAAAACCCUUGUUCUAAUGUGGGUACUACUUCUAACGUUGAUCUCUUUUACAGCAUCUGAAACAUACACCCUCAUUAACUCUACCAAUUUAGCAAAGCCAGGUUGCCCCAGCCGAUGCGGAGAUGUAAUUGUUCCCUACCCUUUUGGCAUCGGCAACAACACCAAUUGUUCUAUAGGCCAUGGGUUUAACGUCUACUGUAACCAAACUUCAGAUCCUCCAAGGGCCACUUUAAGAGAAGAAGCUUACACCUCACUCAAACUUAUAUCUGAUUCUACACUCAGGACUACCAAUAAGGUGUCUUCCAGAUGCUAUUUACCAAACGGCACAGUUUCAACUUCAUUCCAGAUUUCCCUGGGUUAUGCAGAUUUGCCUUACACCUUCUCGGAAGUAAAUAAGUUCAUAGUCAUCGGCUGCGAUGAUUAUGCUUGGCUGACUUCAGGAACGCAGUCUAGGAAUAUAUCUACAGGUUGUAUGGUCUUUUGCUCAACACCAGAGGAUGUUGUAGGUGAUCAGUGUUCAGGCAAUGGGUGUUGUCAAUCAGCCAUACCGCACGACAUAAAAUACUAUGGAACUCAGCUCAGGACCUUGCAGAAUUCAGACGACAUGAACAAUACGAGGACUUUUAAUCCUUGCACAUAUGCGUUUGUUGGUGAGGAAAACGCAUUCAAGUUCAAUGGUGCAGCAGAUUUGAAAGAUACUUCCUUGAGUGAAACGAUUGAACCAAGUGUCCCAAUAGUGCUUGAAUGGGCUAUUGGUAAUCUGAGUUGCAGUGAUGCCAAAGCUAUCGACGGUUUCGCCUGCCAAUCAAACAGUAAGUGUGUUGAUUCUAAAAGGGAAAGCGGUGGGUACCGUUGCAUUUGUAGUGAAGGCUAUGAAGGAAAUCCUUAUCUAUAUCCUGGUUGCCAAGACAUCAAGGAGUGCGACGAUAAAAGCAACAUCAGCUGCUAUGGUCGUUGCAGUAAUACUGAAGGGGGUUACAAGUGUACAUGUUUUCCAGGAUACAUCGGUGAUGCAACAAUACCAGAGGGCUGUCAACCUGCUCCUAAAGACUCGAAAUUCCCAGUUAUGGUAUUCACUUUAGCUAGUAUGCCUAUCAUACAUAGAGAUGUCAAGUCUACCAAUAUACUAUUAGAUGAUAACUAUACCACAAAAAUAUCUGAUUUUGGUGCUUCAAGGUUGGUUCCAUUGGAUCACGAUCAAGUCACCACUCUUGUUCAAGGCACACUUGGGUACUUGGAUCCUCAAUACUUCAACACUAGCCAACUGACUGACAAGAGUGAUGUAUAUAGUUUUGGAGUGGUCCUUGCAGAACUCAUAACUGGACAAAAACCCCUUUGUGCAGAUAGAACAAAUGAAGAAAAGAAUUUAGCAACAUACUUUGUCAAGUCGAUGAAGCAAAACCGGCUGUAUGAAAUUGUUGACCCACGAGUGCUACGUGAAGGGACUCAAGAGCAGAUACAAGCAGUAGCUGAGCUGGUAAAGAGAUGCCUUAAGUUAGAAGGUGAUGAUAGACCUACGAUGAAAGAGGUGGAAAUGGAGCUAGAGAGCUUGAAAAAGUUAACCACUCAUCCUCGGGUUGAACAACAAACAAAUGAAGAAUCUAGAAGCUUAAUCCUAGAAGUUGAACAAUCCGAUCUUCACAAUCUGCCAUUGAUCCCAUAUAGUUCUAAUGAAUGGGAAUCUUAUUCAAGUAGUACCAAAAUGGCGUUUCCAGAAAACAAGCCGCGUUAACUUUUUGGGUUGUAACUGAGAAUUGCGACUUUGCUUUCAGCCACAUGGAACUCUUCUUUCCCUGAUAACUUC